CAGAGCGAGGCUCGACUCCCAACCUACCACCUGAAGACGCAAACACACACCGAGGCAUCUCAUACAAAAAAAAAAAAAAAUCAGUGGGAUUUCCGGUGAAAAGGCCUGUACCCACCUCACCAGGCCUGUAAAUAUCAACUUUUGUAAAACCAUGGGUGACAACGUUGUGAUCAAACCUCUGGGGUUGGUUUUAAUCGUCACAGCUCACAUGGUUUUCAACGGUCACAUCCGAGCAGAGGUUGUGGGGAUCCUUGGCACCGACGUCACCCUCCAGUUUACCUUUGAGAACAUCACUCAGACAGACUUCAGUCAUGUCGUACUUUAUGGGCCCAAACAGAAUAAGAUCAAGGAAUGUUUGACGACUUCAGAAUGUUUGAGCGUAUUUGUCCUCAACCCUGGAAACCGCUCCAUAUCCUACCACAUUCGAAACCUCAGCCACAACCACAGUCAUGAUUAUUACGCCAUCCUGGUCCUCCAAGGCGAUAAUCUGCCGUUCAAAGAGAGCAACAGGGUACAGCUGGUGGUCCGAGAGGAGAACCAGAGCAGCACCGUUCCUCCAGGCCCGACACUCAGCACAACAAAGGAAGGGAGUGGAAGUUCCAGUAGCGUCUCCCCUCACCUUGUCAUCGUCCUCGCAGUUUCACCUGUUCUCCUGCUGGUGGCCAUGCUUCCUUGGCUGAUCUGGAGCCUGGUGAGAACCAAAGAUACACAACAACAACAACAGCAAACAACAACAACAACAACACAGGAAUCAAAUGAGACGUGUCACCCAGCGCCUGCUUCCUCGCUUAUCUACAGCGUCCUGGACUUUCCAAAAAGACCUCAGACAGUUACGACGGUUAAUCCAACUGAUACAGAGUACGCUGACGUGAGCUGCCUGCCCGAAAAGACACGGGUGUGACGCAUCAGUGUGUGUUGAAACCAGCAGGACUUUGUUUUUUGUUUUUUUUUUUCUUAAACACGAUGUACUGUGU